AUGCCGCCACCUGCGCAAUGGAUAUGCAGAACAUGUCUACGCGCUUUGCGCCCGCCUCUGGCCAGACAAUUCGUCCGCCAGGCCACCACAGCUGCUGGCGAUAGCAAGUUGGCCCCUGCCCUGCUCACCCGGGCUCAGAACCUGUCCGCCGAAUACGCAAACCUCCAGAGCACUCUUGAAAAGUCCUUCUCCCAGGCUGCUGCAAAACGCGCCGGCGAAAUAUCCUCCGUGGCAGGCGCCCUCGCCGCCUACAACAACUCAAGAUCGUCCAUUGACGACCUCACCUCCCUUCUCGCCGACCCGGACUCUGACGCUGAGCUCGCAAGCAUAGCGCGCGAUGAACUGGCCACGGAGGAGGAGAAGCUGGUCAUGCUGGAGAAGGAAUUGGGCAGGAGCCUGGCCCCCAAGGAUCAGUUCGACGAAUUACCGUGCAUGAUUGAGUUCCGACCCGGUCCUGGCGGAACAGAGUCGCGGUACUUUACGGACACCCUGUUCAACAUGUACCAGUCUUUCUGUCAGCGCCGCGGUAUGCGCACCAACGUGCUGAAGUACGAGUCGGCCGACUCUGCGGGGGAUACCAAGUCGGCCGAGGGAGAGCUGCCACUACAAGAAGCGGUGCUGGAGAUUCUUGAUCCAGGGGCGUACGGGCAGUUCCGCACCGAAGCUGGCAUGCACCGCGUCCAGCGCGUUCCCUCGACCGAAGCAAAAGGACGGGUGCACACGUCUGUCGCCGCGCUAUGGGUACUGCCACUGUUCCCGGAAACGGGGGCGGGUAGCAGCAUCGACCCCGACGACCCGGAGAGCGAGUUUUACGUUGACCCGUCCGAGGUCAAGGUCGAGACCAUGCGCGCCAGGGGAGCAGGCGGGCAGCACGUCAACAAGACAGAAUCCGCCAUUCGGAUCACCCAUAUACCCACUGGUGAAUCAGUGUCGAUGCAAGACCACCGCUCGCAGGGACGGAACAGACAGGAGGCUUGGAAGAUUCUGCGCUCACGUAUUGCGGACAAGCGCCGGGAGCAGCGCGAGGCGGAAGCCGCGCAGCUCAGAGACAGCGUCCUCACCGUCAAGCAGAUCCACCGAGGCGAGAAGAUCCGGACGUACAACUACAACCAGGACCGAUGCACGGACCACCGCGCUGGCUUUGACACGAACAACCUAAGAGACGUGCUGGAGGGCGGAGAGGGUCUAGACAAGGUCAUGGCGGCGAGCCGCGAGUGGAUGCUGCAACGCGACAUUGAGAUGCUGACUCUUGAAGAAGAGACCAAGCAGAAGAAGCAGCAAAAGAAGUGA